UCGCGCCGGCGCGUUUCAUUCGUUGGCUGGAAUUCCGCGGGUGCUGUCUGUGCGUCUGGCGGGAAUGAUCUGGAACUGCGAAGCUAACGUGAAGUGAUUCUUCUGUUUGUACCUGCAUCUUGAACGAUGGGGGAAGUCAUGCAUUAUAUGAGACCCACUAAGGGAUUUGGAAGUUUCUACUUCGACCCGUUUUACCAGUGUACGAGCCCCGGUCCGUCGGAGCCCGACCUGGACCCUGCCCGGCAGGAUGGCCGCUCCACCCCGGCCGCCUCCUCGCCCGGCUCGGCCGCCGACGGCCGGCUGGCUACCGACAAAGUCAACAACCUGGCGCUGCUGAGGCUGAUGGAGCGCACCGGCUACAACAUCAUUCAGGAGAACGGUCAGCGCAAGUACGGCGGUCCGCCGCCCAACUGGCAGGGCCCGCCCCCGGCCAAAGGCAGCGAGGUGUUCGUCGGGAAAAUCCCCAGAGAUCUGUUUGAAGAUGAGCUGGCGCCCGUGUUUGAGCGCGUCGGCAAGAUCUACGAGGUGCGCCUGAUGAUGGACUUCAGUGGUACCAACCGCGGCUAUGCCUUCGUCAUGUUCAGCACUCCGGCCGAGGCCAGCCAGGCGGUGCGUCAGCUCAACAACUACGAGAUUCGCAAGGGCCGCUACAUCGGCGUCGUCAAGUCGGUCGACAACUGCAGGCUCUUCGUCGGCGGCCUGCCCAAAAACAAGGUGCGGGACGAGAUCUUCGAGGAGAUGUCCAAGGUGACGGACGGCGUGGUGGACGUCAUCGUCUACAGCAGCGUCACUGACAAGAGCAAGUCUCGCGGCUUCGCGUUCGUCGAGUACAAGAACCACAAGGCGGCGGCGAUGGCCCGCAGGAAGCUGAUCCCGGGCCGGAUCCAGCUGUGGGGACAGACCAUCGCCGUCGACUGGGCCGAGCCCGAGCCGGACGUCGACGAGGAGACCAUGUCCAAGGUGACAGUGCUGUACGUGAGGAACCUGCUGCUGUCGACCACCGAGGACCAGAUCCGAGACGCCUUCAGUCGUGCCGCUGACGGCGGCGUGGAGCGCGUCAAGAAGCUCAGGGACUUUGCGUUCGUGCACUUCUCCAACCGGGACAAGGCGGCGCGCGCCCAGGAGAAACUCGACCACACCGAGCUGGACGGCUCGCUGGUGGAGGUGACGUGGGCGAAACCGAUCGACAAGUCUCGCCACGACCGGUACAAGGCGGCCGCCCACUGCCCGCCGGCCGUUUACCAGCCGCCGCCGCACGGGUUUGUGGGGGACGCCCCCUUCUACGUGCCCACAGGACUCGGCAGCCCCGGCUCUCCCGGCUCAGCGCUGUUCCGCUCUCCCAACAAGCAGCGGAACCGGGGCGCCGCCGGCGUCCGUAACCGGAGCUUCCUGUCACCGUCUGCCGCCGCCGCACGCGCCGCCGGCGGACACAGGAAACCCGUCGAGAUGCGGGCGUUUUUCGAUUAUGUGCCCGACAUGGAGUUCGUUCUCACUAAUCCGUGCACUCUGAAACCGAUGAGGAACGCCGCUCAGAUUCUGGUGGACCUGUGCAUCAACAACAAAUGGGGCGAGCCCCAGUACCAGCUGCUGUCCACCUCCAAACAGACGCCGCAGGCCGACACCGUGCAGCUCUUCAUGUACAAGGUGACGAUCCCGACACUGCCGCCCGAGUACAACACGUUCCAGGGCUCGCGGCUCAGCCUGUACCCCGAGGAGGCCAAGGUGCUGGCAGCCGAGACGGCGCUCAGUCAGCUCGGAGUGCCCCUGGAAAACGGCGAGGGACCCGGCUCUCCGCCUCAGGCCAUGCUGCCGCGUCCCAUGGUGCCCAACGGGGCCUUCAACGCGCCUUCCCCCAACGGCAGCCCGACCGGCUUCAACGCCUUCCAGUUCUACAACAUGUACAACCCCUGCCCCUUCGGCAAGAUGAUGCCGUUUGAGCACCACGGAAUGUACGACGGUUACGGCAUGGGCAACCACCACGCGCACCCACCGGCCAUCUACUGAGCCUCCCCCGCGCUGGCACGGCCGGCGCAGACGUCUUACGAGGCGAGCUUUGCGCGUCGCUGCUUCAGAGAGAGUCGUUGGAAGGUGGGAGCCGUCGCCGCUAUGCGGUGCAGCUAGGGACAUUGUUACUGCGGUGAAACGGGGCGCCGACAAAGAAGUUGUUGCCGAGGCGCAGAAGAGAAGAAGAAGAAACGUUAUUUGUUUUCGUGCACACAGAGUGUCGUUGCAUGCGUUUUAGGAAGAACCGUUUAUUUUAUGUUCGCACUGUGUGACGUUUCGCUGCGGCGGAUGACGUCAGAGUGACGUCACUGCGGCUCGCAGUGGAGCUUGUGGGCCAGUGUCAUGUAAAGUGUGUGUGUGUAUGUUGUUGUAUGGUACUGCUGCCUCGCGUGGUGGGUUGGCCGUCCUGGGAGGGGGGUCCCCCCUCGGGCUGCGGCAGGGCAGUCACGGCUGCCGAACUCCAGUGGCAAAUACUCAGUCGCCAGACGGCGCGCCGCCCGGCCCGCCGUCUGGCGGCCGCCUGUGAAAACAACGUUUUGUGGAGAGUCCGCGGUGAGUCGCCGUCGGCGCGCCUUGUUCUGAUUUCACAGCUCAUCAGACUUAAAUGAUCGGCGCAUUCGCCGCGUUCUGAUCGCAGCAAAUUCACCGCUGACCUCUAGAUAAACUGUCACAAUGUUACAAUUUCCCCGCUGAAGAUUUUAGGCCAUCAACUGAUUGGACUGGGUAUCGGGGAGGACAUAAUUACUGGAGAUUUGUUUGAGUGUUGCCACACGAUGUUUGGAGUGCUGCCAAAUGUGCCUUGGAUUCGGUGUCCAUCACCGAAAGGCCGCGACUCAAGUCCGGCCUUGCUCAUUUAGAGGUAAUUUCGGGUGAUUAGUUUAGAUUUGCAUAUUCCGGGAUUUGUCCAGCUCAUUUAUUGGGGUAGAAUAAGACGCAGUGCGGCCCGCCUCGGGUAUCACAAGCCCGGGCGGUGCCGACUUCAUUGGGCAUUGUGCUGGGCGCUUUUGACCAUUGUUACCAUUCCAAUAUCCCUUUUUAGCCAUGCCCUUCGCGGCAUUUUUAACAGCCACUUUUGUCAUUUGAACAGCAUUUUAUCUGGGCUUUUUAUCCACUUGACGUAUGCUUUUAACUGCCUGUGACUAUCAUUGUCACUCUGAAGCCUGUUUUCGUCUAUCACUUCUAUCUUAUCAACUGUCUCGCUUACAAUCGGUCCCCUGCUUAGGCUGGCCCCGCCCGGCAGUGCCCUUCCUUGGUGAUUGCUUUGAUCGUGCAUCAGCACGCUGUAAGAUUAGGUGUGUAUGAUAACCAAUGGUUGGCGAUGGUUGGGACUGUCGUUCUCCGGCCCCCGCGCCCCAAGAUCGUGCGGCGCGGGGAGCCGUGACUGUGCGCGCGCGCCGUGGUAAUCAAGCCAUGAACUCCGCAAUACACGUUGCUCACUCGCU